GAGUGCAGUCAGUCCUCCAGCCUGUGAGCGGCGCUGUGUUAAAGUUGCUGUGAAUGAGCGAGUUUCCCCCUGUAGAGCAGCGAAGAUGCAGCGAGAGAAGAGCGGAGGCUCCGGCGGGGCUGAUAAGCCGGACCGGGAGACCGCCAUCAUGUCCAAAUACUACGACGGAGUGGAGUUUCCCUUCUGUGACGAGUUCUCCAAAUACGAGAAACUCGCCAAGAUCGGACAGGGAACCUUCGGGGAGGUGUUUAAAGCCAAACACCGACAGACUGGAAAGAAGGUGGCUCUGAAAAAGGUGCUCAUGGAGAACGAGAAAGAAGGGUUUCCCAUCACAGCUCUGAGGGAAAUCAAGAUUCUGCAGCUGUUGAAGCACGAGAACGUUGUGAACCUCAUUGAGAUCUGCAGAACCAAAGCCACACAGUUUAACCGGUAUAAGGGCAGCAUCUACCUUGUGUUUGAUUUCUGUGAGCACGAUCUGGCCGGCUUACUCAGCAACGCUAACGUUAAGUUCACCCUGGCUGAGAUCAAGAAGGUCAUGCAGAUGCUCCUGAAUGGUCUUUACUACAUCCACAGAAACAAGAUCUUGCACAGAGAUAUGAAGGCAGCGAACGUUCUGAUUACGAGGGACGGCAUUCUAAAACUGGCUGAUUUUGGACUAGCCCGGGCAUUCAGUCUGGCGAAGAACAGCCAGGGAAACCGGUACACCAACAGAGUGGUCACCCUGUGGUAUAGACCCCCUGAGCUACUGCUGGGGGAACGUGAUUACGGACCUCCUAUUGAUCUGUGGGGUGGUGGGUGUAUCAUGGCUGAGAUGUGGACCAGGAGCCCCAUCAUGCAAGGCAACACUGAACAGCACCAGCUAACACUAAUAAGCCAACUGUGUGGCUCCAUUACUGCAGAGGUGUGGCCAGGCGUGGACAAGAAGUACGAGCUGUAUCAGAAGAUGGAGCUGCCGAAGGGUCAGAAGCGGAAGGUGAAGGACAGACUAAAGGCGUACGUUAAAGACCCGUAUGCUCUGGACCUCAUUGAUAAACUUCUGGUUCUGGACCCGGCGCAGAGGAUCGACAGUGACGACGCUCUCAAUCAUGACUUCUUCUGGUCCGACCCCAUGCCCUCAGACCUCAAGAACAUGCUGUCCACACACAACACCUCCAUGUUCGAGUACCUGGCCCCGCCCAGGCGACGGGGUCACAUGCCUCAACAGCCAGCCAAUCAGAACAGAAACCCAGCCACCACCAGCCAGUCGGAGUUCGACAGGGUAUUCUAAUGUGGCUGCUUACAGACUGCUAACAGACUGAUUGGUCGAGGAGAAGAUAGAGACUUCUGAUCGACCCUGAGAGCGUGUCAUCACGUUCCGCCUGGGCCAGUUGCGUUUUAGACAUGUGAUAUUUACAUGUUUCGUUUAUUUAUGUGGGUUAUUAAUCUUUUUUCAUAGUCGUUCAUUGGUGAUUACUUAUUUAGGAUGUUUGGGCUGUGAGCUAAAUUGAGCAGCUCCUACCAGAGAAGACAUGGCAUAUUUGGCUUAUUUUUGCCAUUUGAUUGAAUAAAUGUAAGUGGAUUCACCACUGAACCACUGUGUUCAGAUUAGAACCAGGAUUACUCUGGAAAUCCCAUUUUUCAUUUAUCAUAACGGCACAAAAGAAGAAGAGAAGAAAGAGAAGAAAUGUACAUUUUUGAGCUUGAUUUGUUUACUUCUAAUUUUAUUACUUUGUUAAUUACUCUUUUAUAAUGCUUUUACUUUGUAUGAUUGAGUUUGUGUUGGGUUUAUGAGGUUUAAAAUAUUGUUUAACACCAAUAAACCUCUCAUUCGAUCCA